GCCCCAAAUUUCAUGAGAAUGAAUAAUAGUAACCAAGCAAUUAUUACAUCUGAUCACUUGUUCUGCGGACUGCUUUUCAUUGUCGUACUGCAAGGCCUGAUGUAUGGUCAAGUUGUACUCUAGUCUUACUACACUUGGAAGGUAAAUUGUUUUCCCUUAACUAACUGUACAACACAACACAAUGUAAGUCUUGAGCCUAGGAUUUUUGGGAGGCGUAGGGCCCACAGAAAUAGGAUCCUCGUAAAGAUUCCCGAUUUAACGAUCUCGUGCAGCGCGCACCGUGGCGAUAAACGAUGUGUUGAGGCGUGACGUCAGACCAACGUACUUGAACAAACACCACUACGCAAAGUCCACACACCGCGAACACGUCUCCAAACCGAACAAUACCAACCCCACAUUCUGAGACCCUCAAGAUGGCAGCUCAAGCACCCGCGCUCUACAAGAACAUUAUCAUCUCUGGUGGUGCACGAGGCAUUGGUCGAGCAUUGACUCGGAUGAUGCUCGAAGCUGGCCACCACGCCUACAUCUUCGACAUUGAUGAGGAUGAGCUCGAGCACACCACCAAGGUCCACCUCAAGCAGUACUACGCCGAUGGAAGGCUUGGUUCGGCGAUCUGCGACCUUCGUGACGUCGAAGACAUCCGUGCCAAAGUCAAAGAGGCGGCCAAGUUCUUCAACGACCGCAUUGAUGUGUUGAUCAACAACGGCGGAAUCGCGUCUCCGCAGUGGAAGGAUGGCAAGACCAUGGAGGACCUCUCGACCAUCGAUGAAUGGAAAGCGUACAUCGACACCAACCUUACUGGUCCCUUCGCUAUGUCCCAAGCCUGUGUCCCCUACAUGAAAGCCCGAGCAUCUGACGUUGAACACGGCGCACACAUCCAGAACGCCAACAACUCCAGUCCUGCAGGUCCAUGCAUCAUCCAUAUCGGCUCCUUCCGUGCGCAUCAGUCUGAUCCAAACCAGGAAGGCUACGCUUCAAGCAAGUCGGGUCAGCUUGGUUUGAUGCACUCCAUGGCAAUCAGCCUGGGUAGCCUAGGCAUACGCGUCAAUCUCAUUGCGCCCGGACGCAUCAAGGUCGCACACGAGAGCAAAGAAGGCGACGAGAACGGGGCAGACUGGGCAGGCCAGAUUAGUGAGAAGGACGUCUCUGACCACCCGACCAACAGAGCUGGAAGACCGAAGGACAUUGCCGAUGCUGCGCUGUAUCUCAUCGAGGCGGGCUUCGUGACCGCGAAGAUAGUCACACGUUUGAUAUAUCAAGACCCCAAAGCUCCAGUCGGACCAGCCUCAUGCGACCUUACGCAACCACUAAUCUUUGAAUCCUCCGAAUCCAGAAACACACAAACAAAGACUUCUGCGGACUUCAAUAGAACCGAGUUCUUGAGAACACGAGACAUGUCGUGCAGCGUUGAGGUUGUCACAACGCCCACAGCGGAUACGCCAGGAACAACGCUCGUACUGCGGACGGCGAGCAAGCACUAUGUUUUCGGCAACCUGGCAGAGGGCACCCAGCGCGCGAUGGUGCAGCAGGGCACACGCCUGCUAAAGGCGCAAGAUUUCUUCUUGACAGGCAGGACAGAGUGGAAGAACAUGGGCGGAUUGAUUGGUAUGAUGCUCACAUUGGCCGACUCUACGACCAGCUCUUACACCACCGCCAUGGAUUCCUUCCGCCUAGCUCAAGAGCGGGGAAAGAAAGGCGAAGCACCCGCGAAGCCGCACUUCGACAUAUACGGACCACCGAACCUGAAGCAUACACUGGCAACGUGUCGGAGGUUCAUAUUCAGGAAGGGCAUACCCAUCAAUGCGACUGAGUAUGUGAAGCAGUCGCCCGAGAAAGACGGUAAUGGUGCUAUAGUUCCGACAUGGGAGGACGACAAUAUCAAAGUUUGGGCUCUCUCAGUAACGCCUAGCAAUUCUGAAGCUGAUGCGCAAGCGGAGGCUGAUAUGGAGACGCGGCGACGGUAUUUCGAUGAACACGAGAAUACAUUUGACGGACUCCAGGCUCCCGAAAAUGAGAGCCCGGAAGACCGCGAGUUGAGAUACGACCGGAUACGGACAGCGACCAUCAAGUACAUGUUCGAUUCGAAUUGGAAGAUGGAUACACUGGUAGAACGCCAUAUUUCUGAGGUACAAAUGCCUGCUGCCAUGUACGUUCGCAACCCCGAUAAAAACGGGUAUGAGCCCUACCAAGGUCCAAAGCCAGGGGGCCGAGAGCCUCUUCCCGACAUUAAAGUCUGGACCCGGACGCCGUGGCCUGGCGCUACCAUUCUGGCGCUACCACCAACCAGGCCAGCACCAGAGUGUGUUUCGUACAUCGUGCGGUCGCAUUCAGCUCGUGGACAAUUCGAUGUCGAACGCGCAAAAGCGCUAGGUGUCAAACCAGGACCGGAUUUCGGAAAGCUCACCAAUGGCCUGUCGGUACCGAACGCGAAGGGCGAGAUGAUUACCCCAGAUCAGGUCAUGGGCGCUGACAGGCCUGGUCAGGGUAUCGCCAUCUUGGACAUACCCUCAGUCGCAUAUAUUGAGGGCACCCUUGAACGAGAAGAGCUUAGCUCUCCAGAGGUGAUGACUGACAUUCGAGCUAUCGUUUGGAUGCUUGGUCCAGGCGUCGCAGGUCAUCCGGAUCUACUCAGUUUUAUGAACAAGAUGGACAACGUAGAACACGUAAUAUCGUCUCUAGAUACUGCGCCGAAUCGCAUCGCAAACGACUCGGUAGCGGGACAAGCUACGCGACUUGGGCAGAUUGAUCCGUCAAGAUAUUCCACACCCGUUUUCGACAACACUACUGUACCGCAGACAAGUAUAUACAGGACUGGCAUCUCGACAGUAUCGCCAUUGCCCUCCGGAGCUAUCCGCGCUGACCGAGGCUUUGGCUUUAAUCUCAUGCCGAAGUUUGCCACAAAGAAAAACACUAUAUCUAGUCUCUUUGUGCCCAAUGAAGUGGAACUUGCAACCUCACCUGAGGUUCUCGAAUUGGCUAAAAAGGCUCAAGCGGAGGUCAAAAGCAAAAGCAGAGACAUGCAGAUAUGGAGGAAGCUACUAGCGCGUCCUGACACUGAGGUAACGACACUCGGAACAGGUUCUGCCCUACCGUCCAAGUACCGUAAUGUAUCUUCUACAUUGGUGCGGGUUCCUGGCAUCGGCAACUACCUCUUGGAUUGCGGAGAGAACACAUUGGGUCAGCUUUCAAGAGUCUUUCCUCACGAAGAGCUCGUCGAUAUCUUCAAGAACCUGCGUAUGAUCUGGAUCAGUCACUUGCAUGCCGAUCACCACUUAGGAACAGCAGCAGUGAUUCGUGCUUGGUACCAAGUAGCACACAAUGCUGUUCCAAAUUCCCAGCCCCUAGACCCUUCCGCGACCAACAUAGACCCUAGCGCAUACGGUCUUGCCGUUAUGUCCCACAGUGGCAUGCUCCAAUGGCUUAAAGAAUAUUCAGCCAUCGAGGACUUUGGCUACAGUCGAAUUCUCCCUCUUCAAAUCACUCCCAACGAAUACAAGAAUGGGUCGAGGUUGUCUAUACUGAACUCGUUCGGAAAGACACUGUCUGAGAAUCCGGCCGUACCGAAAGCAGAGUAUGAGAAAUUGUUUGGUUUCGAGGAAAUACAAGCUUCCAGAGUAGCGCAUUGCCACGGUGCCAUGGCUGUUUCAAUUACCUUCCCGCGCUCGCCAGCAGACCUUGAACAAGUCAAGCCACUUAAAGUCAGCUACUCAGGCGAUUGCAGACCAAGCGUCCACUUCUCCAAGAUCGGACAAGAUACCACAGUCCUCAUCCACGAAGCGACUUUCGACGAUGAACUACAAGGCGACGCAAAGGCCAAGAAACACUCCACCACCUCGGAGGCACUCGGUAUCGGCGCAGCGAUGAACGCGAAAACAGUAGUCCUCACGCAUUUCAGCCAGCGCUACCAAAAGAUCCCCGUCCUCCAAACCGUCACAGACGGUGAGGAAGAAGACCCUCUGCUCAACCCCAAAGAAGUCGCUGAAGACGUGCCCAUGGAAGACGAAGACGCCGAAGUCGACCCCACCACCGAAAACGCAGACAACAUGGACAUGCACCCCACCGUUCCUUCUUCCACAACUCCCGCCCCAGGCCCAGCAAAACCCAUACCCUCUCUCCUCAAGGAAACUUCGUCUUCGCUCCAAGAAAACGCCCGUGUCAUCAAGGUGCGCAACAAGGACAUGAAGGUCGCCAUCGCAUUCGACUACAUGCGCGUCAAGAUUGGCGAGAUAUACGAGAUGGAGAACUUUAAUGAUGCGUUGAAUGAGUUGCUUGUCAAGGACGAGGAUACGGAUGCCGCGUUGGAGCCGGCUGCGAAUGGGAAAGGGAAUGGGAAGAGGGCGAGUGAGGAUGAUGGGGAGGGGAAAGGAAAUGGGAAGAAGAAGGCGAAGAAGGUGAAGGAUAAGAGUAAGAGGAAUAACUGA